UGUUGUAUCCAUCACAUUUUCACUGUUUGAGCUUCAAGGAGAAACGUGGAUGUAAUUCAUUUCUCUCCUACCAGGGCCUGCUUGCAAUGACCGCGGGCCCGCCUCAGCCGCUGGGCCGCCGCUCACGCUUGCCGUUCGCUUGUCGCAGCGACGACUGCGUGCUGCAGCUGUUCCUCAACGCACCUUACCUCUCCGACACACAGCGCGCCAUGCACAUCCGAAACAGGAUCGUGCGGAUGUACCGUGCAAGGGUGGACAGGCAGUGGCUGAGACGCGGUGGCGAGGCGACCCGCCGCCGCCAAGUCUCGUGGAACCCCCUGGUGCAGGUGUUGUUCUUCGACAAGGACAGCCCCAGCGGCGACGCUGUGGAGACCGCCCUCAGGCUCCUGCACGGCAGCCAGGGAUGAGCACGCCCCUUUCCCACGUGUCACGGCCACCCGCAGUCACUUCAUCAUCAGAAAAAUGUACGUGUUACGAAGUUGCUUUUAUGUUCACGCAAAUAAAAACACUAUUUACGAA